UUCAAUGGAUCUAGCUAUCAUCUUGGUGCUCUGUGUCUCUGGUCUGCUUCUCUUUUCAUUGAGGAGACAGAGCUCUGGAGGAGGGAAGCUCCCACCAGGCCCCACUCCUCUCCCAAUUCUUGGGAAUAUCUUGCAGAUAGAUGCUAAAAACAUCGGAAAAUCUUUAAGCAAUUUGUCAAAAGUCUAUGGCCCUGUGUUCACUCUCUAUUUGGGCAUGAAGCCUUCUGUGGUGUUGCAUGGAUAUGAAGCUGUGAAGGAAGCCCUAGUUGAUCAUGGAGAAGAGUUUUCUGGAAGAGGCAGUUUCCCAGUGGUUGACAGAACAAAUACAGGACUUGGGAAGGGUGCAUGUGCAUCAGGAAUCAUUUUAAGUAAUGGAAACAGAUGGAAAGAAAUAAGGCGCUUUUCAGUCAUGACUCUGAGGAGUUUUGGGAUGGGGAAGAGGAGCAUUGAGGACCUUGUUCAAGAGGAAGCCUGCUGCCUUGUGGAGGAGUUGAGGAAAACCAAGUCCUUACCCUGUGAUCCUACCCUUAUCCUGGGUUGUGCUCCCUGCAAUGUGAUUAGCUCCAUUAUCUUCCAUAAUCGUUUUGAUUAUAAUGAUCAGCAUUUUCUAAGCUUUAUGGAAAAAUUAAAUGAAAACCUCAAGAUUCUGAGCUCACCAUGGAUCCAGGUCUGCAAUACUAUUCCUGCUCUCAUUGAUUAUUUCCCAGGGAGUCAUAAAAUAUUUCUUAAGAAUAUUGCUGAUAUGAAACAGUAUUAUUUUGAGAAAAUAAAGGAACACCAAGAAUCCCUGGAUAUGAACAAUCCUCGGGACUUCAUUGACUGCUUCCUGAUUAAAAUGGAAGAGGAAAAGUGCAACCAAGAGACUGAAUUUACAACUGAAGCCUUAAUAAACACUGUGAAUGAUCUCUUUGGAGCUGCGACAGAGACAGUAAGUUCCACUCUGAAAUAUGGAAUCCUGCUCCUGUUGAAGUACCCAAACAUCACAGCUAAAGUCCAGGAGGAGAUUGACCGUGUGAUUGGCAGACACCGCAGCCCCUGCAUGCAGGACAAGAGUCACAUGCCCUACACAGAGGCUGUUGUGCAUGAGAUCCAGAGAUACAUUGACCUCCUUCCAACCAGUGGGCCCCGUGCAACCACCUGUGACGUUAAAUUCAGAAACUACUUCAUCCCCAAGGACACAACCAUAAUAAUAUCACUUUCGUCUGUGCUACAUGAUAGCAAAGAAUUCCCCAACCCAGAGACAUUUGACCCUGGCCACUUCCUGGAUAAGAGUGGCAAAUUUAAGAAGAGUGAUCACUUCAUGCCUUUCUCAACAGGGAAACGAAUGUGUGCAGGAGAAAGCCUGGCCCGCAUGGAACUGUUCUUAUUCCUGACCACCAUUUUACAGCACUUUCACUUGAAAUCUGUGGUCGACCCAAAGGAUCUUGAUACCACCCCAGUUGCCAGGGGAUUUGCCUCUGUGCCACCUACAUACCAGAUCUGCUUUGUUCCUGUCUGAAGAAGAGCAGUCUGUCUGACUGCUGUGCUGUCCUCUGGACUCUUCCCUUUGGGGCAUUCUCUGCCUCCUUCUCUUCAGGCAUGACUUCUCUCACUUGCUUCUCACCACCCUAUUUAUUUGAAGUCCAGUGAACACCAAACCCCAAUUACAGACAGUUUGCUCAGUUUUCACAAAUACUGCAUGCACCCUAUUCACAUACUGUAACACUCGCAUUAGCCACUCUGUGUUAUAACACUCUUGUGAGUUUUUACUAUGACAUCAUUUCAAACCAAGGAAAACCUGAGGGAAAUUGUGAAGUGAAAUAAAUCGCACAUGACAAGAUGAAUACCACAUGAUUUCACUUUCAUGUGUAAUAUAAAAAAGUCACACACUUAGAAUGGUCAUAUGUAAUGGUUACUAGAACUUUGGGAAGGGGUGACAGGGUGAGUGGAUGGGGAGAGAGAAGUUGGUUAAAGGGUACAACCUUUUAGGUAGACAGGAGGAGUGAGUUCUAAUGAUUUCCUGCUAAACAUGGUGACUAAAGUUGACAAUAAUGCCUUGCAUGUUUUAUAUUUACUAAAAUAUCCUCCCCAUAAAGUUUGUUCAAGAGUGUGAGAUAAUGACCAUGUUAAUUAGACUGAUUUAAUCAUCCUUCCAAGUAUACAUGUAUCACAAUAUCAAAAUGUACCCCAUGAAUACAUGAUUACUUACUUGUCAACUAAAAACAAAAGGAAGUAGAUUUUUAAAAAAAAUCUAUCUUUUAAUUUUUACAGACUACAUUUUCAUUCAUUAUACACAAAUGGGGUACAUCAUUUCA